GUUUGCCUAAUAAAAGGUACAGAAACGGGAAAUGUUGGCAAAUUACUAAAGAUAAAUACGUGUAAUCGUUUUGUUCUCAUAUUUAUUCAUUUUCAUUUCACGAAUUGGUGUUACUUUCGACACGCCAUUCGAGGCUCUGCUCAGGAGACAAUGGACUACAGACACUAAUUGUGAAGAGAUAUGGCUUCUGGAACAUCUUCAUUGGAAAGUAAUGGAAGUAAUGAGUCAAUAUCACACAGCUACGUAAGCAAUGAGAGGCAUACAAGCACACAGAUCCCAACAAUCCCUCUGCCGAUCGAGUAUGAGGUUAUAUCAUCCAACUAUGACAAGAACUACUCGAGCCACUCGCACGCCAUGAGCGCGCCCUACGAACUUGGCCAGUACGAUGUAAUUAAUAAACAGGCGAACGAAAACUUAAAACAACAGUGCGAGAAGGCCCUACAUGACUUGAAUCAGCUGAGACGACAACAUACAGAGACAACAAGGAGGUGUGAACAUGUUAUGAAAGAAUUGGAAUACUUUCGUGGACAACACCGAGCUGCAAUGAAUCAAUUGGAGGUUUCUGCACAGGAGGCGAGCAGCCUCCGCGGGAAAUACGGAGAUUUACUUAAUGACAAUCAGAGACUGGAGCGUGAGGUUCAACACUUACAACAGAGCAGCACUCCGGAGGGCAGUUCGGAGGCCCUCGUCCACACACUUAGAAAGUAUGAGGCACUCAAAGAAGAGCUUGAUUGUUUUCAAAAGAGGUACGAUGACCUCAUAGAAACCCACAAUGGGACAUUGGAAAAGCUUCGUAUUGUGCAAGAGGAGAACAGCAGACUGAAGACACAGUGUCAUGAGUUGACGCAAGAGAGGAAUUCUGUGAUCCGCGAGCGAAACGCGCUCAAGCAACAAGUAGCGAGCGUGGUCCGGCAGUGGGAGGGCGCGCGGGACCGGGCCGACAUCAAGCGGCUCACGGACGAGCGGAACGCGGCCAUGGCGGAGUACACGCUCAUCAUGAGCGAGAGGGACACAGUGCACAAGGAGAUGGAGAAACUGUCCGAUGACUUGCAGGCUGCGUUGAAACGGGUUGCGGCCCUUGAGGGGGCGCUACAGGCCUCGAGAGACGAACAGAGGGCUACUGCUUUGCAGGCGGAAAGUUUGCGUAGGGAAAUCGAAUCUGCGCUCGUGGACCGCGACCGCGCUAUCAAAGAGUGCACAGAUCUCAAGACUCCGCAAAAUACAUCUACAUUGGGCAAGUCUAGGCAAGACAACACAGCAUACCAUCACAUGGGCCUGUCGAGUGGAGUCGGCAACGAUGGCUUCCUCAAUGGGCAACAUUCUAACGACCCAUCCAUGGAUAAAUUGCAGGGUCUAGUGGGCAUGUCAGCGGACGCGGCGGACAAGGAGCGCGUGGACGACCUGGAGCAGGCCAACCAGGAGAUCGAGCGCCUGCGCAAGCACGCCGACCGCCUGCAGGCCGACCUCGCCGACGCGCACCGAGAGGCCGAGGUCUCCAAACGAAGGAGAGACUGGGCCUUUUCAGAAAGGGACAAGUUGCUGCAAGAGCGGGAGAGCGUUAAGGCGUUGUGCAAUAGGUUGCGGAAGGAGCGCGACCAGAUGGUGGGCGAGCUGGCGGAGGCCCGGCGGCACGGCGGCGGCAAGCCGGCGGAGGGCAAGCCGCGCAAGCACGAGCCCUGCCGCAUCGCCGGCGACGGCGCUAGGGACCUGCAGGACUUCGAGUGGGAGACGCUGGAGGUGGAGCUGUGCGGCGACGCGGGCGGGCCGCUGGGCGCCGGCGUGGAGCUGUGCGGCGGCCGCGACCAGCCCUGCUUCCCCGGCGACCCCGCCGUCUACGUGGCCAGCGUCGCGCCCGGCUCGCUCGCCGACGGCAAGCUGCGCGUGCUGGACCGCAUCACGGAGGCGUGCGGCGUGGCGCAGUGGGCGCGCGGCGCGGCGUGCGGCGCGGCGCUGCGGGCGGCGCUGGCGCGCGGGCCCGUGCCGCUGCGUGUGCAGCGCGCGCGCGCCGAGCGGGCGCUGCUGCGCGUCGCCUCCGCCGGCAUCGCGCUGCACCACGGUUAUUUCAUAAGCAAAAUCGCAAGUGGCAGCGCCGCCGCUAAAGAAGGAAACAUCUACGUCGGUGAUCGAGUUGUUAGUAUAAACAACCGUUCGCUAGACAGCGUGAAGAGCGUGAGCGAGGCGAUGUGCUUGCUGAACGACAGCCAGUACGACUGCGUGCUGCUGACCGUGCUGAGACCGCUGUACCCGUGCUGCGAUCCCAGGAACAGAAUGUCUCUAUACGAGCAAUCGUACAGUGACGGCAAAACGGCCAACAUCUGCUCUCAGACAGACGACACGUGGACACCCUUCACUCCACCACCUCCUGAACCUAAGGUGCACAUCGACCACGGCGGUGACUUCGAGCGGCGCUACGUGUACCACGUGGCGGCGUCCAGCCAGGGGAAGAUACACCAGGAGAGAGGGACGUGGGAUAUGAUCAGGGGCAAAGUGGAGGCGUUCACUGGGCGGAGUAAGUCGAAGGAUAAGCAGAAUAAGGUACCGGAAUCUGACGCCAUCGCUGAGUUAGACUCUGUUAUUGACAGCUAUCAUGGCAAAACAAUCAAAGAAAGCAGUAGCGUCCUAAAGCGCUCCCGAAGAAAAAAUAAAGAAGCACAAAAUGAUGCCAAAAAUGGCGGCACAUGGCCUAAAGCGAGAGCAAAUUUUAUCUUAGAAGAAAAUGCCACCGGUACCAUAGUACAACCACGGUCUAGGAAAGAGAGGCCGCAUCUAUCUAUCCUGCUCAGUCCACCGACAAAACUUCCGCCUGAACCGCAGAGGUCGAACACGAAUCGGAAUUCGAAUCCCAUACCGUUGGGUCACAUGCCGUUAACUCAAGUUACGGCGCCGGCAAGACAUUCAGUGUACAAAUCAAUAGAAUCGAGUCCGGCUAUCGAACACUUUCCUAAACCAGCGCCUCUCGCUAUACACAACCCUUUCGCGUCACCAAACAACAUGAACUUCGAAAAAAGUAGAACAUUAGAAAAGGAAAGAGACAAAAUAUCGAUUAGUGAUUACGAGCAUGACGUCACACCGAACAGACUCAGCUUAGUUCUUAAUCCAUCAGACGAUUCUUUGGAUUAUCAACCCGCUACUAGAAACAGAACAAAAAGUCCGCAUUCAUUAGAUUUCAUGGUCAACAAGGGACCGAGCUCACUAGACUUUGUCACGCGAAAAUCGCCAAGCUCCUUAGAUCACACAAUAAAAAAUCAUACAGGAAAGGAUAUUCUCGAUCAGUAUUACUCAUCAAAAAAGUCGUCAUCGCCCAAAACUGUGAAUAAGUACCCCUCUGAUAGCGAUAGUUUCGGUCCUGAUAGUUUGAACAGCAAUGCAAACUUUCCCAUGACAGGGACUUUACCUUCACAAGCUAGAUUACAAUCGCAAUACUACAGAGGGCCGUUCACGAACUCGAACCCGCACACGUCCAGCAGAUACACACAUCUGUCAAGCCCAACGAAUAUUCCCCAAAGCCAAUCGGGAGAGAGUUUAGGGACUAGUUACGAUAUGCACUCUUUUACAUCACACACGCACAAUAUGUCGGAUUUACAACCCGUUCCUCGAGUUAACCGCGAAUACCAACACACGUACGAAGGCGGGACGUUUCCUAGAAAGAAAGAAAAUCAGCGAUUUCGAAUACCAUCCAACCCUAGUGUGACUUCCAAGAAUUCAGCUGGAAAAUUAAGUACAGGCUCCAUAGAGAGGAGUUCCGAAAGAAAUUCUCCCAUGCCGAAAUUUCAUGUGGAAGUUUUAAGCCCAGGACAUGGCGUUAAACAAUUAGCUCAUAAGGGAUUAAGAAACUCGAUGCCUGAAUACUGCGGUCUAGGUUGGAAUAAGCCUUUACCGGGGGAGCUACGGAGAGUUCACAUAGAUAAAAGUCAGCAACCUCUCGGCAUACAGAUAUAUUGUCCGCCGAGCAGCGGUGGCGUGUUCGUUUCUACUGUGAAUGAGAAUUCAUUGGCCAGCCAAGUCGGUUUACAAGUUGGAGAUCAAUUACUCGAAGUUUGCGGAAUAAACAUGCGUUCCGCGACAUACUCUUUGGCAGCUAGCGUGUUGCGACAAAUCGGCAACUCGAUAACAAUGCUCGUGCAAUACAGUCCAGAGAAGUACAAGGAUGAAAUGGAGGUGCCCGGAAGUUCGUCUUCUGGUGAGAGUUCUCAUGAUGAGGAGGUUUCUCUCUCGGGGUCUCCAACACCAAGAAAUUCUCCCGGUCCGCAGCAAUCCCUGCGAAUGGAUGUUCCAUCGACAGACGCUUCGACGUUAAGGCAGUCACAAGGCAAAGAUCUGCCCAGGUUUCUGCUGAUAGAGAUGCGCAAUUGUUCAGAUUUAGGUAUAAGCUUAGUGGGGGGUAACGCGGUGGGGAUAUUCGUGCACAGUGUUCAGAUGGACUCGCCGGCGUACAUCGCGGGACUGCGGACGGGAGACCAGAUCCUAGAGUACAAUAAUGUCGAUUUAAGACGUGCCACGGCUGAACAGGCCGCUUUGGAGCUAGCGAAGCCCGCUGAUAAGGUAAGCGUGCUCGUCCGGCACGAUCUCCAACAGUACCACGAAAUAAAGGACAAGCCGGGCGACGCGUUCUACAUACGCGCGGGAUUCGAUCGUUGCGCGAAAAUCACCUCUAUCGGCAUGGACACGAUAGACGAGUAUUCCCUGUGGUUCCGCAAGGAUGAAGUGCUCUUUGUGGACAAUACGCUGUUCAAUGGGGCCCCGGGGCUGUGGAGGGCGUGGCAGUUGGACUGCAAAGGCGUUAAGCGGCAUUGGGGCACUAUACCUAGUAAAUUCAAAGUGGAAGAGAUACUACGACGGUCUAUGGGCGCUCUAGACAAUGAUGCCCAAAGACGGGCCUCCAGCACAGCCCGAAGGUCGUUCUUCAGGCGCAAGAAGCACCGCGACAGCAAGGAGCUGGCGUCCUUCUCCAACACGGAGCUGGGCUGCUGGAGCGACUCCGGGACCCUCGCUGAUGAUGUACCGCCUCUGUCGUACCAGCGGGUUGAGAGGCUGCAUUACGGCAGUCGUCGUCCCGUAGCCGUGCUGGGCCCGCUGCGCGAGUGCGUGGCCGGCAAGCUGGUGACGGACUGGCCGCACGUGUUCGUGCGGCUGCGGCCCGACCCGCGCGCGCUCAGGGACCGCGCCGAUAAGGGCAUCCACUGCAUAAUAGACGUGAGCGUACCAAUAAUAGAGAAGCUGCACAAGCAUCAAAUCUACCCUAUUGUCCUGUUCAUAAAGUUCAAAUCGUUCAAGCAAAUCAAAGAAGUAAAAGAUACCCGAUAUCCAGCAGAUAAACUGUCUGCUAAAGCCGCUAAAGAAAUGUACGAGCACGGGCUUAAGGUGGAGAAUGAGUUUAGGAAUUAUAUCUCAGCGGAGAUCCCAGCGGGCGUGAACAUAGCGUACAUGUGCACGCAAAUCAAAGAAGCGGUAGAAGAAGAGCAGAACAAGACCCUGUGGGUGCCGUCCGCGCAGGCCUGACCCCUGCCCCCCACCCCGCACAAGUCCGUCACCUUCUGCAAGCACGAGCGGGACAGGCGGGACAAGCGGGACAAGCGGGAAACACGGGACAAGCGGGACAGACCGGACAAGCGGGA